UGACCGCCAAAGAAGACGAAAACGAGUCUUUGACAAAAAUCACAAAGGAGAAGAAAAAAACGAAUCCUUUUUGUUUCUUCCGCACAGAAUCUUCAUUUUAGCUUCUUCCUCCUCUGCAGCUCUGCUUCAAGUGAUCGAUUUUGGUGAAAUUGAGCUGAGAAUAUCUGUCCACCUUAGGGCUUUCAACCAAGAUCGCUGUUUUGGCGCUAGUUUGGAUUUGGGGUAGUUGAAUGAGUGUGGAUCUUUUGCUUCGGGUUCAUCUAAUGACGUGCAAUUGAACGGGAAAGUUUCAUCCUUUGUUACGUAUUGUAAACAUUUUAAGAGUAGAAUCCAAUCACCAAUGGAUCAUGAACACAAUCGGAAUCCAUUUGCAAGUGCAAGUGCAAGUGGAAGAGCAGGGGGAAGUACAAGUGCGAGCUCAAACUCGAGUUUCAGUAGCAGCGUGGCGGAUACAGAGGAUGAUCAAACCAUUGCGCGUAUAUUAGCUGAAGAGGAGAGCUUAAGAACAAGAGACGGCAGGCUUGGGAAGAGACUCUCUCAUUUAGAUUCUAUCCCUCACACUCCUCGGAUUAACACUAAAAUACCUGAUGUAAAUGAUGCAACAUUAGACCAUGAGCUCCUCUCUGUGAGGUUGGCCACAUAUGGGUUAGCUGAACUACAGAUGGAGGGGGAUGGAAAUUGCCAGUUCCGAGCUCUGGCAGACCAGCUUUUCGGCAAUCCAGAUUACCAUAAGCAUGUAAGGAAGCAUAUUGUAAAGCAGUUGAAAGAGCAACGGAAGUUAUACGAAGGAUAUGUGCCGAUGAAAUACAGACACUACACCAGGAAGAUGAAAAAAUCGGGUGAAUGGGGAGAUCACGUUACUCUUCAAGCUGCAGCAGAUCGUUUCGACGCUAAGAUCUGCUUACUCACAUCAUUUCGGGAACAAUCCUACAUCGAGAUACUUCCUCAUAACAAGAACCCUCUUCGUGAGGCUUGGCUUAGCUUCUGGAGCGAAGUGCAUUACAAUUCGCUUUACUCUAGUGGAGAUGUUCCCACAAGAAAACCCAGGAGGAAGCAUUGGCUCUUCUAGGAUUCGAUUCAGAUUUGUAUAUUCAUAUAUAUGUAAUAUGUAUAAUAAUAUCCUUCUCAUAUUGUGUGUGAACUUCCUACUUUAACCUCACUCUGUUGUAUCA